AUGAAUCUCAUGAACGUCGAAAACGAAGUUUCAUUACGUUUAGGAGGUGGUAAUAUUAAUCCAGUUAAUGGAACAGUUCAAGAUGAAUAUCCUAUUAAUUCAUUUUAUGCAGUUUUAGAUAUUAUAGUUGCAUCUAUUAAAGAAAGAUUUGAUGAAAAUUAUUUGCAUGUUAUAGUUUUAUGUGAAAAGUUAUUCCUGAAUAAAGAUGAUUUAAGAGCAAAACAACGAUUAUAUAAAAUAGCACUUGGUGAAAAACAACAAUGGAAUUUAACAAGAGCAACAAAAGUUUUCCUGCAACACAAUAUUCAUCUAUCACUUUCAACAAUGAAUCAAUUGUUGAAAAUUUUAUGGACCAUACUUACUAAUGUGUGUGGUUGCGAAAGAAGCUUUUCAUCAUUAAGAAGAAUCAAAACGCAUAUUAGAAAUACAACUGAACAAGAACGAUUAACAUCUUUAGCAUUAAUAAAUGCAGAAAAAGAGUAUCAAAUUGAUAUCGAUGCUAUUGUAACCGAUUUUAUGUCAAAAAAAGACGAAAGAAAAAAAACUAUUUUGAAAAUAAAUAAAAGAAUUGUAUAUAAUUCUUGA